AUGAAGGCGACGCGUAAAGACUCCAGUCAAAAGCCGCUUAGCGCGUUUUUUGGCGGAUCAAAAGAAAAUGUGAAGCUCAAAACAGUUGAAAACAAGGCUUGUGUUGUGGUUAAACCUGCUGUGCCCGCAGAAUUGCAAGUUGAGAGGGCCCAGCGGCAGCCAUCGUGGUGGUCUCGGACGUCUAAUUUCAGCCAAACCACCGCCAACUCCGGAUCUCGCAAAAGAGAAGUCUCACAGUUCGUAUCACAGCCAGCAAAACGUCCUGCCCCGUGGUCGGGAGUUGCAGUUCAGUCUGUACCCCGCCAAAAUAGCCCUUCUUUAAGUGGUCAGAAAAAACUGAGCGAGGAACAGUUGAAAGUCUUGAACCGCAUUCUCAAUGGCAAAAGCGUUUUCUUUACCGGAGCUGCUGGCACGGGAAAAUCAUAUUUGUUGCAUUCAAUUGUGGAAUCGCUGCGCCGCCGCCUGAGUGGUGAUCAAGUUGCCAUAACUGCUACCACGGGGUUAGCUGCACUCAAUGUCGGUGGCCAAACGAUUCAUCGAUGGGGUGGACUGGGAUUAGGACGUGACAAUGUGUCUAAAUUGGCACUGGGUAUUCAAAAGCGCAACGAUGUGCUGAGAAGAUGGCGAAACUGCCGAGUAUUAAUUAUUGACGAGGUCUCGAUGCUUGAAGCUGAGUUAUUUGAGAAAAUGGAAGAGCUUGCUCGAGUAUUAAGAAAAGACACAAGACCGUUUGGUGGCAUUCAAGUUGUGAUAACAGGCGAUUUUUUCCAACUGCCUCCAGUCGGUCGGAAUCGCGCGGUGAAACUAUGCUUCGAGUCGAGUAAAUGGCAAGAGGUCAUCCAGGAGCAAAUGCUGCUACGGAAAGUGUUCAGACAAGAGGACCAACGAUUGAUUGAUAUGCUCAAUUGCAUGCGAGUUGGCAAAUUGACGCCAGAAGUGCUCGCGAACUUUGCCAAACUUAACCGAGCAGUGUGCUACGAAGACGGGCUUGAGCCCACCCAGCUAUAUCCACGAAGAGAGCAAGUUGACAAUGCCAAUCGCGCUCGCAUGCAAAAUAUCAAAGGCCGGGAGUUUGUGUUCAAGGCAGAGGACUCUGGCACGUUCGAUGCAGCGAUCAAUGCCAAGCUGCUGGAAAAUAUCAUGGCGCCAGAGAAGCUGGUCCUGAAAGUAGGCGCCCAGGUUCUGCUAAUCUCCAAUAUCGCAAACGACUUGGUGAAUGGCAGUCGCGGUCGUGUCAAGACAUUUGUCCACGAAGAGAAACACCCCCAGCUCCGCACGCUCGUGCAAAAGGCUCCGCCCGUGCUGGACAUCUAUAACCGCAUGUUGGAGAACAACGGCACGAUCGAUGUGAAAAUGGACGAGGACAUGAGAGUGUUUCUAAGCGAAGAAGAACGCGCACAGCUACUCGAAAUAUAUACACUGGAACCAAGAAUGCCCGUCGUGGACUUUGGGGUCACCAACUGGUUCACUCUGCUCACCCCGAUCGAGUACGCGAUCAAGGGCCCUCCUCCCCACAGCGUCGUCACUGCAGCACGGCACCAAAUACCCGUUAUUUUAUCAUGGGCACUGUCUAUUCACAAGGCUCAAGGUCAGACAUUGGAUCGGCUAGUCGUGGACCUAAGCAACGUGUUUGAGAAGGGGCAAGCGUAUGUAGCAGUGUCACGAGCAACCAGCUACGAUCGGCUCCAGGUGAUCGGAUUUAAAGAGUCAAUGGUUCAGGUCGACCCUCGGGUGUCCGAGUUCUACAGCCAGCUCGAAACCAACAUUUAG